AUGUUUCUGAAGACUGAGCACGCACUUCGCCUCUACCGGAGCGUGGCAGCAGAGAGAAGUGGAGACAACCUCGUCAUUUCGCCUGUCGGCGUGUCCAUCCCUCUAGAGAUCCUGCAAUUUGGAGCCCAAGGGAACACAGGCCGGCAGCUGGCAGAGGCCCUGGGUUACACGGUCCGUGAUCAAAGGGUGAAAGACUUCUUGCUCGCCGUUUAUGCCACACUACCCAACUCCAGCCAAGGCGCCAGGAUGGAGCUGGCCUGUACCCUUUUUGUGCAGGUGGGAACGACGCUCUCCCCCUGCUUUGUGGAGCAGGUCUCCCGCUGGGCCAACAGCAGCCUGGAGCCAGCCAACCUCAGUGAGCCCAUCAGCGCCAUCCAGGAGGAUGAAUGGGCCUCCAGGCAGACUGCAGGUGAGGGCCCAGGUGGCUCGAUGAGGGAGCGCGCACUUGCUCAGCUGGCGCUGGUGAGCACCAUGUCCUUCCGAAGCACUUGGCUGCAGAGAUUCUCCUCCACGGACACUCAGCUCCUUCCUUUCACCUGCGCCCAGGGCCGUGUUCUCCGGGUCCCCACGAUGUACCAAAUGGCCGAGGUCAACUACGGCCAGUUCCGGGACCCAGCGGGCCAUCAGGUGGGGGUACUGGAGCUGCCUUACCUGGGAAGCACAGCGAGUCUGCUCCUGGUGCUGCCCCGUGACAAAGACACCCCACUGGCCCACAUUGAGCCACACCUUACAGCCAGCAUCAUCCACAUCUGGACCUCCAGCCUGAGGAGAGCCAGGAUGGACGUGUUCCUGCCCAGAUUUCGGAUACAAAAUCAUUUCAACUUAAAAAGCAUUUUAAAUUCUUGGGGAGUCACCGAUCUUUUUGAUCCACUCAAAGCUAACUUGAAAGGAAUUUCAGGGCAAGAUGGUUUUUAUGUUUCUGAAGCAAUCCACAAAGCCAAGGUUGAGGUUUCAGAGGAAGGCACCAAGACAUCUGCAGCCACAGCUCUGUUGUUACUGAAAAGGUCUCGGAUUCCUAUUUUUAAAGCAGAUCGGCCAUUCAUCUUUUUCCUGAGAGAACCCAACACAGGGUUUGUCUUCAGCAUUGGGAGAGUGUCAAAUCCCCUAGACUAAAUUAAAAGAUGUCAAGCAUGUUCUCCACUUUCAUGUAUGCUUUUCUUCAUAAAAAGUUACAAUUUCAUUUUGCUAUACCCUUGAAAUUUAAAAAAUGUUCUGCUAAAGUGUAAAAAGAUAAGGGUAUGUGAUUUUCAAAUAUUAUGAACCUAAAAAUACUUCAAUUUUACUAUAAUUUAAUAAAUUUAUUUUGCCCUCUCUUAAUCUAAAUUUAUUUUAACUUUCUUUUCUCUUGGUUACCCCAAAAGCACUACAAGGCACAGCAGUGAUCUAUGAAUGGUGAUUGAGUCAGGUAAUAGGGUCACAUCCUCAGUAAAGACAUACGAGGCCAUUUUGGACUGAGGGUGGACCAUGAAUAAUGUGGGGUUUUCCUUUUCCUGGGUAACUCAGGGAGAAUGCAAAAUGAGCAAAGCCAUCUUAAAUGUGUUUCCUUUCCAUUUCACUUCUAAAUAAAAUGGAGAGUUUAAGUGUGACACUAGCAGAGCAGAACAAAGAGAUCCCCUUUGAACCCCCAAUUUGUUGUGGGCCUUUUGUAAGCAUGGCAAAAGCUGCUAAAGGCUAGACAUUUCAGAGUUAUGUGGCACACCCCAAACUUACCACCCUCUAACUAACAGCUUCAACUCACUGCCAUCUACAAUCCUAGUGAGAAAGGAAAAGGGGGUGAAGGGAAGUAAGGAAACCAAUAAUGUCCAAAAAUGUCUGUUUUUUAAACAGCUUUUAAAGCGUCUGCCUAUCUGCCACAGAUAUCGUCGUUUGCAUUAUCUAGGCAGAAAUGGGAGUAUGUUGGUGUGGCCAACAAAAACUAAGAACAUAUAGUAAAAAGACAAUGCAGCUCAUGUAACACGUAAU